AUGUCUGUGUUAUUGAGCAGUAUUCAGCGAGCUACAGAAUGGAUAGAACAAAAUACUGAUCCUCUUGUUAAAGAUCUUUGGUUUAUGGGAUCAAUAUGGCCAGUUACGAUUGUAGUGAUUGCAUAUUUGUACUUUGUUCUUAAACUUGGACCGGAAUUCAUGAAGUUUCGUAACCCUUUCAACAUUGACCGCAUUGUUAUGAUUUAUAAUGCUAUACAAGUUAUAUUUUCUUUGUACUUGGUGAAAGAGGCAUUUAGACUGGUGUGGCUGCGAAACGAUUACCGAUUCUAUUGCAUUGAAAGAAAUAAAGAGGAUCCUGAUAUAGCAAACCAACAAGUAUAUACAGUUUGGCUGUUCCUCAUUAGUAAAUUUCUGGACCUCCUAGACACAGUUUUUUUUGUACUAAGAAAAAAACAAAGUCAAAUAACGUUUUUACAUGUUUACCAUCAUACUUUGGUUAUAACAUUCGGCUGGUAUUUAACUAAUUUUUAUCCAGGAGGACAAGUCGCAUUCUUUGGUACCAUUAAUGCAUUUGUGCAUGUUAUAAUGUAUAGCUACUACUUUUUGACUGUAAUAAACCCAGAAUACAAAAAAGCCUGGUGGAAAAAAUAUUUAACGACUAUACAACUGGUGCAAUUCGUCAUUACUGGACUACAUGCAUUUAUUACGCUAUUUGAGCCUGACUGCGAUUUCCCAAGAUUCAUAAUGAUAUUAGCAAUUCCACAAGAUAUAUUUAUGUUCAUUUUAUUCUGGGACUUUUAUAAAAAAGCAUACAUUAAACCAAAGAAGAUUAAACAAUGA